AUGGCAGCCCACGUCUUCGAUGCUGCUCCUGAGCCAAUUUCGGAGCUGGGGCGAUAUAGGAUUAUGUCUAGCACGGCCGGGGUCAGAGUGUCUCCUUUGUGUCUAGGGGCUUUGUCGAUUGGAGAUGCAUGGCAAGGGAUGUUGGGCAGCAUGAGCAAGGAGGCUUCCUUCAAGUUACUUGACGCUUACUAUGAUGCUGGUGGCAAUUUCAUUGAUACAGCGUGUAACUACCAAGACGAGCAAUCGGAAAAGUGGCUUGGAGAGUGGAUGGUCGAGAGAGGAAAUCGAGAUAUGUUAGUCGUGGCCACUAAGUUCACUUCCGCCUAUCGUAGCCACGAGCUCGGGAAGACUCAUACAGUGAACUUCGCUGGCAACCACAAGAAGUCUCUCAAUCUCUCUGUGGCUGCCUCUCUGAGAAAACUACAGACGAGCUACAUUGACCUGCUGUACUUACACUGGUGGGAUUGGACAACAUCCAUUGAAGAGCUGAUGGAUAGCUUGCACAUGCUAGUCGAGCAAGGAAAAGUCCUUUACCUAGGCAUUAGUGAUACACCUGCGUGGAUCGUCAGUGCUGCGAACACCUAUGCUCGAGAUCAUGGUAAAACACCUUUUAGUGUUUACCAAGGCCGCUGGAAUGUGAUGCUACGAGACUUCGAACGAGAUAUCAUACCAAUGGCACGCCACUUUGGCAUGGCUCUUGCCCCGUGGGAUGUUCUUGGUGGCGGAAAAUUUCAGUCCCAGGCACAGAUUGAAGAACGUCAAAAGACCGGCGAAGGCCUGAGGUCCAUGUUAGGUGCUGGUCAAUCACCCCAAGAAGUGAAGAUUAGUGCGGCCCUCGACAAGGUGGCACGAGAGCAUAAUAUGACGAGUCUGGCUGCAAUUGCUCUGGCGUAUGUGUCUCAGAAAACACUGAAUGUGAUUCCGAUUGUGGGAGGGCGUAAAAUCGAACACUUGCAGGACAACAUCAAAGCAUUGAGAGUGAAGCUGACCCAGGAGCAAAUGGACUAUCUGGAGAGUCAGACAGAGUUUGACAUUGGAUUUCCCAGCACAUUUAUAGGCGAGAACCCUGCCGUGACAGGGCAGAGUUCGCAUAUGCUGGCAGCGACUGCUCAGAUAGCAUACCCGACUCCAUCAAAGCCCUUUGUCGCUCGAUGA